UAGCACUCCUAACAAGUGGUUUGGUGUACGUUUUUUUUGUGAGAGGAAACUGCCAAAACUCUGAAAGGCAUUAUUAUACGUCAGAAUUGCAACAAGAUUUGUUCAAGCCUAAAAUGUUAGUCCGUAAUCGUAACCUGGUGUUUGUAUGUUCACAAAUGAAAUUUCACGUUUACGUGUAAUGUUUCACGCAUUUCACGCUUUUCUUACUGAUCCUAACGAUACGUACGUUCAACCUUUUGGCAGCUAUCUGGCUCCGUACCAAACGCUUUCAACCAAGAGUUUACAAUAGCUAAAAGCUUACGAUCGCACCGCACUAAAACGUGUUCGAAAAUUUGGACUGCGAUGUUGUGAUUGCUGGGAGGCUCAUGACGUUAUACGUCGGUAUUGGUGUUUGGGUAAUGGGUAAAAAAAAUUGGUUUCGAACGCUGAUUGGUCAGAAACAACACCCACGGAGUUUUGCAUCCGUCAACAACCAGUUGAUGUUUUUUUCAAUCAAGCUACAGCAUUGAAACGACCUAAAAAUUGGUAUUAUGGACAUAACUAUUCUCUCGGCUAUGGAGGCGAGAUGUGCUGUUGUUGAGACUUGGGCUGAGUUCGGAUGUCCUUCGCCGGGUACAGCUGCUAAAGUGAUCUGGUCUGGGGAAGAUGUGUUGAUUUGCACUGGGGGCGACGAGGUGUCGGUCUUCAACACACAAGAGCUGAAACUGACGGCUGUUCUUCAGUUCCUGAGUCCAGUGUGUCACAUGGUGCUGAGUGAGGACAAGCAGUCUGUCUAUGCUGUCUGUGAGAGUGAUGGGGUGUACUGUGUCAGUCUACCAACUCUGCACCCUAAGUCUCCCACUCCCCCAGCUGACCAAUCCCCUGGCCCUGCUCUGAUCAAGGUGUUGUCUAAUUCGCUGGCAGCCAGAGACGAGGGGGUGUGUUCUCUGAUUGAGGUGGGAGGGUCCGGUGGGACCUUGGUGACUCUCUCCCUGAGAGACGCAGCCUGGUGGUUUACUCUCUAUAAAGCAGCUGACCACCAGAAACUGACUCAGUUUAGUCUACCUGUCGUUUCAGUUGGUCACCAUGUCGAAUCAGAGGAAAAUGGUUCCGCAGGACUGGUCAUGAGACCUGUGCUAGCUUGCGUUUACAGCAGUGAUGCACCACCCUUAUCAUCUUCAUCAUCCUCAACAACAACAAAACUACCACCUUUGUCAUCAUCAUUAGGCGUCAAACAUUUUCUCCUGGAGCCUCUCCUCUUCAAGCUCCUCUUUGGCGUCGACGCUGCCCUCAUCAACUCCCCCAUGAUCCUUUGCGGCCUGCCUGAUGGGCGUCUCUGCUCCCUCCCCUUACUUCUCCCAGGACGAUCAGGCCCCUGCGUUAGAGUUCUACACAGCAUGGAGCAGCCAAUCAUGUUUAUCGGAACCACGACCAGGACAAAUUAUGGUCCACAGUGUUUGGUGGCAGUAGGCCAAUGGGGGAGGGUGGUGCUGUUCAGAACCUGUGAAGGGGGGCCGGAGGAGGGGGGCAAGGUAGCAGCAUUAACAGAGGGGUGUGUGUCGGGGCCUGUGGUGUGUGUGUGUGCAGGCAGGGAGGGCCUGUACUACAGCACAGGGUCAGAUCUUCUAGCCCUGGAUCUCCCAGGGAGGCAAGGCCAGGGACAGGCCAUGGUGAGAGCAAGGGAGUCUGCUACCCUACAGAGUCCUGUCAGCCUUAAUGUCUGCAGGGUCAUUGCCCUGGCUGGGCCCUCACACAAUGCCUCAGGCAUAGUGCAGUUGGUGGCUUUGUCUCUCCGGGGGAGGCUCCAGCGUUUAACUCUGCCUAAGGGGACAGAGACAGGGGGCAUACCCAGGCUCCCCUUAUCACAGGUGGGACAGAGAGUGAGGGACCUCCUUGCAGCCAUCGGAGAUGUGUGUGAGAGAGCAUCUGUGUUGAAAAGCACCAUACAGUCCAAAAACCACUCCCUCAGACACCUGAAUCAGGUGCUCAAUGUCUGCUGCCUACUGCUAGCAAAUCAGAACAGUGGAGAGCAGCUCCCGGUCAGCAAGAAGCCAAUCAGGUGUCACGUUGUUGCCAAGUGGAGCCGUCUGCUACAGAGAGACUCCCUGAAUCUGACCUGUGUUCUGGACAAUUCUAGUCCUUACAUUCUAGAACGGAACUGGACGUUCUGUGUGAGAGUUCUACCAUUAUCCUACCCUCUUCCUGCAGGGGGGGUGAACACCUCUCAAACAUUCUCAUUUCCAUUCCAGAAACUAGAGCCGGGUGGGAGAAUGGAAGUGUCGUUGCCCCUAACAGUGGCGGGGGACACAUCUUUCCCUGUGACGGUUAGCUGCUCGCUCACCUACUCCCUGCAAAGCCUGCUGGGGUCUGAGGAGCUGUCCCGCCUCCUGGCCAAUGGGGAGCCGGCAUCUCGUCUGGGAUUGGAGGGUGGAUGGGUCAGUCUGCCCCUUGACACGCUGACAGUGGAUUGGCUGGAUGCUCUACAGGUGACCGGGACCACGCCCCCUCACAGGGACCCAAACAGACCCCCCAUUUCCCCAGAUACCGUCUCGAUGGAUAUCGUUGAGGCCUUCGUGAGCACCCGUCGGAGCAGGGGUUUUGGGAGGGGAGAAGGAGGAGGAGAGAGGAUGGUGGCGUCUGAUGGGGAGCUGUUUUCAGCAAGCAUCAAGGUCUCAACAGAGCUACUGAGAGGGACACUAGGACUGGAGCCAGUAGGCUCUGCUGGCCCUUCUCAGGGUGUGUGUGGCUCUGUGCUGGGCUGGCUGCUGUCACAGGGGACAGGAGGAGAGGACUGGAGGGGCAGAGGGGACAAUGGAGGACAGGAAAGCUCUGUGGUCUACGCCCGGUGUCUAGGGCGACACACCGUCAAACUCACAGCCAAAGAGGUAACUGUAGGGGACACCAGUGUUGAGGCUGUGGAGGUGCGGGUGCAGUGCUCCUCCAUGGCAGCCGUGUGUGGACUACACCAUGCAGUGUUAAGCCGUGUUCAGGCUCUUCUCCAAGGUAAUGCUAGCACACAGGAGUCCUCUAUGGGAGUCCAGGGACUGGGCUUGAGACAGGCCCUACAGCGGGCACAGGUCCUAUCUGAGCAUCUCCAGGAGGCUCGUAUCCCAGAAGCCAUUGGACUGGGGAUGACCACGGGACAGACAACCAAGACACUGUUCAGCGUUUACAGGCAACUCAGAGAGAAUCCCCUCCUCAUCCUCUGACACCGUUACCAUCCCACAUACGCUCCUCAUACACAACAUCCUCACACACAACAUCCUCAUCCACACAUUUACAAUCCUCUCCUCAUCUUCAUUCUCAGCCCCAAACUCACUAUCCAAUAUAUCUCCUGCAAAGGAGAAAUAAAUGACUGUUUGUCUCCCUCUGCUGUUUUAGUACACAAACAGCAUUUAUUUAUUAAUGUGAACGUUUGUAAAAUAGUACAUAGCAGGUAGGUUGUGUGUGUGUGUGUGUGUGUGUGGAUUAAAAUGUACCUGUAAAGUUAGUUAAAACAACGGAUUUGAAGAGUCACUUCACUGACAACAUUAUCCACACACAAAUCAUAACUUUUACACAUCUCAGAGAUGAUUUUUAUUAUAGUUUUUCAAAACUUUUCAGAAAAAUUAAUAUUAGAAAAGGAUAAAACAAAAGACAAAUGAAGUAUGUAUCAUUGCCAAGUGACAGGCUGUAAAUCACUAGCACUAUACUCUUUCUAGGAUGGUCGUGUAGUUUUGUUACACCUGAUGUGUUACUGUUUCGAUUGUAGGGAAAAGCCUGUAAAAAUCUCAAAUGACACCCAUUACACUCCUGUAUCCCAUUUAGAGGGCUCCUACUUAUCACCUGAAGCCAUUACUCUAUGUGUCUGUGUUUAGAAGUGGGCCUACUGCCCUACAUGGGGAAGAGGGUAACGUUUGAGAUGCAGCUGCCUGUCAUGCUUGUUAAUAUUACGAUGCUAAGGAAGCUGUCCACUAAUGAUGACUCAGCUACGAUGAA